UUUCUUUCUUGUUCUUGCACUUCUUUAUUAUUGUAUUUUUCCGUCUUUGUAAUGUCACUUAUCAGAACGGUUCGCUGUCUAUUCCCUAAUUCGCGGCAAAUUGCCCAAUACGCUAGAUACCGUCGCCCUGGCCUACACGCUAACUGCCCCUACAGUACGGCUUUACAUCCAAUUUCUAUCACUUCGAGACAAAAUCACAUCGCUACGGCUCCUCAACCUAGUCCUGCGCAAGGGGAUGGAGAAGAACAAAGAGCCUCUGAAAUUCGAGACGCCAAAUUGGUGUUUAACGAGGCGUGGAGGAAUAUCGAAUCAUAUUACGGCAGGGAAAAUAUCCGUUUACCAAGAGAGUUUUUCUUUUUGAUGGGAGCGCCUGGCUCAGGUAAGGGCACCCACACGCCAUCUAUUAUGCGUGCACGUGGCAUCACCAAUCGACCGAUUUCCGUUUCGCAACUGCUGCAAAAACCGGAAUACCGUGAUCUCAUCAAUCGAGGCCAGAUGGUGUCUGAUCGAUUCGUCAUUGAGGUCAUACUCCAUGCCAUGCUAAAUUGUGAUCCGUCCGUGGGCGUGUUGGUGGACGGAUUUCCUCGCACCAACGUACAAGUGGAAGCUUUAAAGUUUUUACAUGAAAAAAUGACCGAGUUACGACGUGAGUUUUAUCACACGGAUCGUCGUGAUCAGUUCCCACGACCUGUGUUCCGUAUUUGCGUACUGUACGUGGAUGAAGAAGUGUCGGUGCAAAGACAGUUGGACCGAGGAAGGAAGGUCCGUCAACAUAAUAUUCAAGUUCGAAAGACGGGCCAGGGACAGUUGCUGGAAGAGCGCGUGACGGACAGUGAUGAAAUGGUUAUCCGUGAACGAUACAACUUAUUCAGGGAAUACUACGAUUCGUUGCUCAAGCUGUCAAAGAUUUUUCCUUUCCGUUUGAUCAAUGCUUCCGGUUCCAUUAAAGAAGUGAUGCAAAUUAUACUCAAAGAAUUUGAAUACCAAUCGUCACUGGAGCUGGAUUCUGAUACUUACGAUGCCAUCGCCCAUAUACCCCUUGCUACGGAAAUCGGAAUUCAUGCGAGACAGGACCUCAUCGGCCGUCUCGAAAACUAUCAAGAUAUAGAACCUAAUGUGUUAAAACGGGCUAUCCGGUAUAUCGAUCAGCAUGUCAUACCUCAGGUGACUCGUCAUUCUUUCAGUGGCCAUGUUAUGAUUCGCACUGAGGAUCCACAGCUGAAUGACAGUCAUUUUGUUAAUAUCAUUAUGGAUGUAUUAUCGGAACGAGGUUAUCACGUUUCAUUUGACAGUCAUAUCCAGUAUAUCCCUACUUCUGUCAAUAUCAAGACGGGCAAAAUCAAUCUUAAAAAGCACCACGUCCACGUGAUGAAUGUUAAUUUUCCCAAACACUAUAUCCGUGCAUUGGAACAGAAGUUUGAUUAGAUAAGAGGAAGCGCCUUCCCCUCAUUUUUAUGUAACUCUUUCCUUUUCCCCAUAACCGUUCAUUUCCGAUAGAGUAUGUUAGAAUUAAUUUCAACCACCCUCUCUUCAUGUCAAUAUGUACCUUUAAUAUAUAUGCAUUUCCUCAUCAGAAAAUCUUGCUAGUAGGAUAUACUGACCAUGACAACGUAACUGACGGGCA